AUGAGCCGCACCACCUUCUUUGAGGUGGAGAUCCUAGAUGCCAAGACAAGAGAGCAGCUAUGUUUUUUAGAUAAGGUGGAGCCACAUUCAACUAUAGGGGACAUCAAAAGCCUUUUCCACAAAUUAUAUCCUCACUGGUAUCCAGCCAGACAGGCCCUCAAGCUCGACCCCAGAGGAAAGUCACUGCGAGAUGAUGAAGUCUUACAGAACCUGCCUGUUGGGACCACUGCCACAAUGUACUUCAGAGAUCUGGGUCCACAGUUAGGCUGGACCAUGGUGUUUCUGGCCGAGUACUUGGGUCCUCUGCUCACCUACCUCCUGUUCUACUUCAGAGUGCCGUACAUUUACUCUCACAGUUAUGCCUUCACCUCCAGCCCACACCCUGUUGUCACUCUGGCCUGCGUCUGCCACACGCUCCACUACAUAAAGAGGCUGGUGGAGACCAUCUUUGUGCACCGUUUCUCCCACGGGACGAUGCCUCUCAGGACCAUAGUCUGGAACUGUGCCUAUUACUGGGGAUUCUCAGCCUGGUUGGCCUACUACAUCAACCACCCUCUGUAUACUCCUCCAUCAUAUGGAGAUCUGCAAAUCAACUAUGCGCUGGCCGUGUUUGUGAUGUGUGAACUGGGAAACUUCUCCAUUCACUUGACUCUGAACAACCUCAAAAACAGAUCAAAAAACAGAAAAUUUCCAGUGCCAACCAAGAAUCCUUUUACGUGGCUUUAUUUCUUUGUAUCCUGUCCAAACUACACAUAUGAGGUUGGGACUUGGGUUGGUUUCUCCAUCAUGACUCAGUGUGUACCAGUUGCUCUCUACACUUUGUUGGGGUUCAUCCAGAUGACCAUUUGGGCCAAAGGGAAGCACAGAGCCUACAGCCGAGAGUUCAAGGACUAUCCGUCACUUCGAAUGGCCAUUAUUCCUCUGAUUCUAUGA